GGGCUCACGAUCGUUUGUUUUUGCUGGGCUGCCCGCAGAGCUCGGAGCUGCUGUGAUCGCUGGAAGUGGGAGGCGCGUGAGGCUGCUAGUGCUGCGUGUUCCGGCCGCUGGAGCCCAGGAGCCGUCGGGGCAGAGCGCUGCUCCUCUGCAGCUGCCGUGAUGUCAGCCCCCUGCUGCGCAGGCCAGUUGGCAUGCUGCUGUGGAUAUGCUGGGUGUGCCUUGUGCUGCAAAUGCUGCCCCCGGAUCCGACAGUCCAGGAGCACUCGCUUCAUGUAUGCCCUCUACUUCAUUCUCAUCUCCCUCAUCUGCUGCAUCAUGAUGUCCAGAACGGUAGCCACAGAGAUGAAGAAACAUAUUCCUUUUUAUGAAGACAUCUGUAAAGGCAUUAAAGCAGGGGACACUUGUGAGAAGCUAGUGGGCUAUUCUGCGGUUUACAGAGUGUGUUUUGGAAUGGCCUGUUUCUUCUUCAUCUUCUGCUUAUUUACAAUCAAGAUUGACAACAGCAAGAGUUGCCGAGCCUACAUUCACAACGGAUUCUGGUUCAUUAAACUUUUACUGUUGGUUGCCAUGUGCUCAGGAGCGUUCUUCAUCCCAGACCAGGACACAUUUCUGAAAGCAUGGCGCUAUGUGGGGGCCAUUGGAGCGUUUCUCUUUAUAGGAAUACAGCUCAUCCUACUGGUGGAGUUUGCGCAUAAAUGGAAUAAAAACUGGACAGCAGGCACAGUUCAUAAUAAAAUGUGGUAUGCCUUUCUCGCCCUGGUGACUCUUCUCAUGUACACGAUUGCCGUGGGAGCUCUGAUAUUGAUGGCCUGGUUUUACACACGGGAGGAAGGCUGCUUGCAGAACAAAAUUUUCGUUGGUGUCAAUGGAGGCCUCUGCCUACUUAUUUCCCUGGUAGCCAUCUCACCCUGUGUACAAAAUAGGCAGCCUCACUCUGGGUUACUGCAGUCCGGCCUCAUUAGCUGCUAUGUCACAUAUCUCACCUUCUCAGCUCUCUCCAGCAAACCUGUGGAGACAAUUUUGGAUAAAAACCAGAAGAACAUAACAAUUUGUUCACCUAACUUUGGCCAGGAACUCUAUAGAGAUGAAAAUCUGGUCACGGGCCUGGGUACCACGCUCCUGUUUGCUUGCAUCUUAUACUCCUGUCUGACAUCAACAACCCGGUCAAGUUCAGAGGCUCUUAGGGGAAGAUAUGCUGCUCCUGAACAAGAAGUAGCCCGUUGCUGUUUUUGCUUAGCUCCUGAUGGAGAAGAUGUUGAUGAGCCUGAUGGUCGGAGGGGAGGACAGCAAGUCAUCUAUGAUGAAAAGAAAGGCACUGUUUACAGCUAUACCUACUUUCAUUUUGUCUUUUUCUUGGCCUCCCUUUAUGUGAUGAUGACAGUCACCAACUGGUUUAACUAUGAAGGUGCUCACAUUGAAAAAUUCUUCAGCGGAAGCACAUCUUUCUUCUGGGUCAAGAUGGCAUCUUGUUGGAUGUGCGUCCUCAUCUAUCUAUGGACCCUCCUAGCUCCUCUCUGCUGCCCUACCAGAGAAUUUUCUGUAUGAAAGAUCUGAGAGCCCUUCUUUAUCAACAACCAUCAUUCAGUUUGACCAGUCUGCGCACUAAAAGACUGUAUUUUUAAAGGUUUUUUUCCCUAAAGUAAUGGUUAAUGUGAGCAGUGAUUUGAUUGGAGUCCUUAAAAACACCUGUGAAGUCGCCAGCACCAGGUUGGCCCAAAGGGGAUCAGGAAAAACAAGCAUGCGAUAAGAAUUUUUGGGUUAUAUUGUGUUUUUUCCCUGUGAAAUGAUGAAAGAAACUGCCAUUUACUAAGGGAAGCCUAGUUUUAUUUUAAAUCUUAGACAAAAGAAUUGUUUGGGUCCACACUGAUCAUACGUAAUAUGUACUGUACGUAUGCUUUCGACUUUCACGACCUUUUAUAAUAAGAUGGUGCCAUUAAGUUCAAAUUCAACAAAUAUUUAUCAAGUGCCUACAAUGUGCAGAGCACUGUACCAGGUGCUGGGGUAGGGGGUGUUGUAAAGAUAAGUAAGGGGUGGCCUCUGCCUUCGUGAAGCUGAUCGUCUACGAGGUCUCACUUGACACAUACACAAGUAACUAAUUAGAAUACAGCUUUCAGAAAGCAGGAUUCUAAAGGGCUUAGUGGUGUUUGGUGUUUGUUUCUUUUUUUUUUUUCUUUAGAACAAAAAUCUGAGUUAUUCUUUCAGCAGAUUUUUUUUUUCCCAAAUAAAGAUCAAGGUUCAGCAUAUUUUUGUAGAGGAAAGAACAAGUUUCUGUAGUCUGAAAUCUAUAUUCCAUGUACAAAAAACAUAUCAAGCAGCCUGAGGGUCAGUCUUCGGCCUUAUCUGGAAAGGGAGUUCUGGGGCUGACCGAUUCUGUACUCGAAACACUAAGAUAGUUUGUAUCCUUUGUUUCUGGGAUGAAGUCUGAAGCAUGGAGUUCUGGCCAUAUUCUUCAUUGUUCCUAACUUCCUAAUAUUUAGGGAUCGGAGGAGGGAGCCCUUACUUUCAAGGCAGGUGAAAUCUUAUCUUUCAAGGCAGGUGACAUCUAGUGAUUUUAAUCCUUUAAACAAAUGCCAGAGAUUUUGUUUUAAUUUUUUUUUCCAGUCCUGUUUCCCUGUGGGCCUUAAAUGUCUUUCCCUGAACCUGUGAUGCUGGAAAUCACAGGUAUCAUUUACUGUCCUCUUUGUCUCCCUGGGCCCCCUAACCCAUUCUCUGCCACUUCUUUGUUAUAAUGUGAAUAAGCACAAUUUAUUGACAACACGGUCUCACCUUAAUGUUAUUACUUGAUCAAAGUAUUGCAAUAAUUACAACCAUCAUUUGUAUUGUUGCAUACGUGAUUUCAAGAUAACUACAAAGUUGUCUUUUUCCAUAACUAAACUAUGAAUAGAUGCUUAGAUAGGGGUUUUUUUAAUUGUAAGUACUUUUAAUAAUAAUAGUCUUAAAAGGGCUUAGAUCCCAAAAUUGCUUUUUUGGCAGAAACCUGCUGGGCACGUGACUCUCUUCUUUCCUCUGUCUUUCCCAACAAAUUUGUUGUUUCUGUGCAUUUGUGUAGCUUUGGUUAUGUUCACUACAGUUUUAGCACCUUUGUUAUUUCUCUGGGAUAUUGUGUCCCAAGAGAACCUUGGGGCCAGAGUCAAAUAGGUCUGUUGUAGAUGUGACGCUUAGGUUAAGAGAAGGGGAUCCCAUGGAGCAGCUAGGUUGCAUAGUGACUAGAGCACCGGCCCUGGAGUCAGGAGGACCUGAGUUCAAAUGUGGCCUCCAACACUUGACACACUUAACUAGCUGUGUGACCUUGGGCAAGUCAUUUAACCCCAAUUGCCCUGCCUUUUCCCCUCCAAAAAAAAAAAGAGAGAAGGGGAUCCAGGUGUUUUAUGGGAGAGGAUAGUAUUUGUCCGGUUACAUAAAGCAUCCUUGGGCAUUUCAUCAAAUCAGUGCUUUCCUUUGAGAAACUGAAUUUCUGGCCAUGGCACAAGGAAAUCUCUCAUUAAAAUCAGCCCAAACAGAGACAUGAUCUGCUGUGUAACCCUGGGUGCUCCAUGAUACACAUGUGAUGGGGGAAAGCUACACUUGGUAUUUCUGGAGUUUCCUAAGCCAUUCUUGGUCUAGAAAUAGGAGCUGGGGAGAAGCAGGGGGUGAGCAGUGUUCAGAACAGCUCUCUUUUAGAACAGAGCUCUCUUUCCCCUCCUGUAGGUUGGAAGGACACUCUAAACCAAGAGAUUUGUUAAUGAUGCUCUUGACCUUGCAGAUGAGAACAGUUUUUCAUGUAAAAGACCUAUCAAAUUGAAGUAGCCUACCACAUGCUGAACGCCAGGGUUAGAAAUGAGCAACCAGAUCACGCAUCUCAUGGGAGCAUAUACAUUCCUUUUCUUCUCUCUUGGCACUCUUCCUUCAUCCAUAGUAUUCUCUUGUUCCUCUCCCUUAACCCCAUUCAUCAGUCUAUGAUAAUAGAUUGUUUAAUGCAUGUGUAUCACACAUAUACAUACAUGUGUGUACAUAUAUGUGCAACACACAUGUAUGACAUGUGAUAUACACAAUUAUGCAUGUAUUCAUAUUGCCACAGUAUUCUGUUUUUAGAUAAGUCAUAUUGAGUUUUUUCCCCUGUGAAAUGAUGGAAGAAACAAUUACUAGUCACUAUGGAAAGUAUUUUUUUUCAUCUUAGAAGAAUUAUUUGAAUCCACUCUAAUUAUGGAUGAUAACAUAUUGUACACAUUGUAAAUUCCAUCACAUUUUAUAAUUAGAAAGUAUCACAGGAGCAGAGAAAAAAGGGAAAAAAAUGAACUCUAAUUGAUCACCAUACUUCUUGAAUACAUUUAGUGUCAUAACUUGAAGUAAAUAGCUAUAUAUUAACUCUGGAAGCUUUGUAGCUUUGCACAGUAUUUGCAGUUGUGGUCAUUAUUCACAGUUUAGAGGCACAGUGUUGUCUGAAAGUCAGGGGGUUCCUCAGAUUGAGGCUUGGGUUCGAUAAGGCUUAGGAGCAGUAUUCCAUGGAAGUUAGAAGGAAAAACUUGAACCUUUUUGGAGAAGACAUGAGUGAGUUUUUGUUACUGGUGGUGGUAAUAGUGGUUUUACUCCCUAGGAGAGGGUAUAGUAUUCCCUAGUUUGCCCUCACAUUCUUCCUUUGCCUGGGCAAUCAAGGCCCCAUGCUCUAAACCUGAGACAGAACCCAAAUUCAAGGGAUAUCUUCAAACCCUCAAAUUACUGGGUCUUGUUCAUGUGAGAGAGUGGCCUUUUGCCUCCUAGAUCAUCCCCUGGCGAAAGUUCAGGGUACCCUUGACCAAGGACCAUUUCCAAGGGACCAUGACCUCAGUUUGGAGAUUCCAUUGUCAAGCAGUCCCACUAUAUUCCUGAGUGUAACUUCCGAAGAUUUGGUGUGUGGUACAUGACUGUCUUUUAAAACCUGAGGUGCCCAAGUGGGCAGAUUCACAUACGGCUGCUAUGGCCACUGUUUAAUUUUUCCCCCUUUUUAAAUUUUAAAUAUUUAUGUUGAUAUAAAAUGGGGUUGAUGUACCCAAAGUACUGGUGGCCUAGGGGACAUCUGCAGAAAUCUACCUUAUUUAUUAUAGUAAUAAGCAGUGCUCAGGUGACAGGUCAAUAUGUAUGGGUACCUGUCUUUUUGUGCCAUGGGAUGUUAGAUUCUGGUGAUGGAGAAACUGGAAAAAAAAUCUUUGCCCACUUCACUUACCUGGUCUACUUUGAGUGGUUUGAACUUGAUCAUCUCACUGGCCUUUAUCAAAAAGAUGAAGCCUCUAGUGAAUAAUUAAAGAAAUGACUCUUGAUUGUCUAGUCCACAAGACACCUUCCCUCACUCAUAGAAGCUAGAGAAGGCUGUAAAACCCUGCAUUCUUUCUCUAUACCAUUCAUUCACUUGAUGUUAGAAAUAGUGUAAGAAUAAACCCUUAUAUUCUUUUCUGCCUGUUUUUGUUAAUGAUGAAAACACUAAGAUGGAGGUCUCUGGGGAUUAUUGUAUAUAGCCUUAUAUAAGAAUACUACACCUGAUGACCAUACAUUCUUCCAGAAGCCAGCCUAUUUACCAUAUAAGCUAUUAUGGGGUCUUGCUCAACAGAUCCUUAAGCUGUGCCACAUCCAGCACUGCCUAACAUGAGUUCUUGGUCUCAGCUUUCAGAAAUACAACUUUUCGUUUUUGUUUUUUUUGUUUUUGGUAGGAAGAGCUUGAGGAAACUACUUAGCAGGAGAAUUUGGAGCAGUCUUGGAGAGGUUAGGGAAAGGGAUAUGAAGUAUAUAUAUGGAUAAGGGGAGGAUCCUGAGGAUCUUAAGAGUUUCUGUGCCUAUGAAUGGGAGGUUUGCUAGCUGGGAGGCUUCCGUGUUUUAUUCUUUCUAGACCCUUAGCAGAAUUUGCUCAGUGAGCAGCCAUGAACAUUGGGGUAGAAUCUCCCAAACAAAGGCUAUCCUCUAUUGUAAGGCAGUAUAUAUUCACAUUUUUUUUUCUCCCAUGAGUUUACUACACUGGUGCUUUAUGUUGCCCUAGCAAAGGGAAUCCCAGGGAUUGUAUUUAAACUGCUGUGGCUCCUCAUCCCUACCCCCCAACCCCCUUUCCUCCUCUCUAAAUACUAUUAUUUUAAUGCACACUUGAAUAUAUAUCUUUUCUUAAGUGAAAGAAUGUUCUAUUGAGAAAGGGAAUGAUGCCAGUGUCAGGAACAUCAAGCCCAGGAAGAACGCUGCGUCGUGGGACCUUAGUCUGGGAGGACCAGUGAGGGCUUGGGGUUUGAUUAGCUUGUAGGCCACGUCCUAAAUGUAGCCUUCUUGGAGCAUUGUUUGAGUGUGCUUUCUCCCCAUUGUCAUGUCAUCAUUAAGCUCUCAGCAGCUUUGAGCUUAGUGCUAUAUUCUGGGUGCAAUUGGGAUCUCCUCUGGGCCUUCCAUGACGUGAGACCCAAGGAGAGCUGUUCACAAAAACUAUGGGAAUUAUAAUUGUCCAGUCUGAAGUCUUUCCCUCCAGAUCUCCCAAAUUCCUCCCCAAGUAGACAUUUAAUCAGACCCGUAGAGGCAGUUGUUUUGGGAGAGAGGAAUAGUAUUUUAUUUUUAACCAAAGAGUCCCCCUUUUAAGAAUUUUUUAAAAAAUCAGUCAUUUUGAUAAAUAAUGGAAGAAACAAAGUGAGGUAAAAAUUCAAAUGUAGAUGAAGUUGGAUCUUAUUUAUAUGAGCAAGGUUUAAUGAAAGUAACUCAAUAAGGUGAUCCUUUCUGGUGAAGGAGCCUUGGAAAUUCUUUCAGGUGAAGCUUGUGGCAGAUUUAUAAUAUAUGUCUUUAGAGGAUAUUUAUAAGAAGUUUAAGAGGAUGCUUUUUUUUUCCUUCAAUAAAGAUUGAAAUUUAACUUUAUUUACAAAAAUGGCUGCAAAAAGUUUUUUGCAAUUUUUAAACUUUGGUGAUAAGUUUUACAAGAAAUAUUUUUAAAAUGUUUUUACUUUCCUGAAACAGAGACUUUUUUUAAAUGUAGUUUUUGGAAUGUUUUUACUUAGCUGUAGUUAAAUAACAUGGACAUGUUUGCUAGAUUAGAGUUUGAGGAAUAAUUUGUAUGCUAAAUGUACCACCGUUUUGAAGUUUGUAUUGGCCUCCACUUGGGUGAGGAUUUUAGCUUCUUACUGACAAUUGGGUUUGUAUGUGUUGGUUUCUUUUUUCUUUUUUUUUUUUAAGCCAAAAAACCUCCCUGUUUUCUAUAAAGUGUCUAAAGCGGUCUCUUAUGUAUAAUACUUAGAAAUUGCUAAGUACAGAAUUGAAUAAAGUUUAAAAUGUAAAAA